UCAUCUUCUUUAAGCAGAACAACUUCGCGGACAGCGCUGCUCGCUCAUCAUGGAUGUUCCAGGUCCGCUGCCGCCUUUCUUCUGAGGACGACCCUGGCCUUGACCAUCAGAGCAGGGGACCGAGGCCAAAGGAGGCUUCCCUAGGCCCCACGCAGCCCUGCGCGCCCUCCGGCGCUGCUCCGGCCCCUGUCCGCCGUCGCCCCCGCGCGCCGCCCGCCCCCCAGCCAACGCGGAUGCCGGCGCCCGGCCGGGGCCCCCGCGGGCCGCCGCUGACCAUGCCCGGGCGCCGGGGGGCGCUGCGCGAGCCGGCUGGCUGCGGCUCCUGUCUGGGGGCGGCGCUGGCCCUGCUGCUAGUGCUGCUGCCGGCUGGCUGCCCGGUGCGGGCGCAGAACGACACGGAACCCAUUGUGCUGGAGGGCAAGUGCCUGGUGGUGUGCGACUCGAGCCCGUCGGCGGACGGCGCGGUAACCUCCUCCCUGGGCAUCUCCGUGCGCUCCGGCAGCGCCAAGGUGGCCUUCUCCGCCACGCGGAGCACCAACCACGAGCCGUCCGAGAUGAGCAAUCGCACCAUGACCAUCUACUUCGACCAGGUAUUAGUAAAUAUUGGAAACCAUUUCGAUCUUGCCUCCAGUAUAUUUGUAGCACCGAGAAAAGGGAUUUAUAGCUUCAGCUUCCACGUGGUCAAAGUGUACAACAGACAAACCAUCCAGGUCAGUUUAAUGCAGAACGGCUACCCGGUGAUCUCAGCCUUUGCAGGAGACCAGGACGUUACCAGAGAAGCUGCCAGCAACGGGGUCCUGCUGCUGAUGGAAAGGGAAGAUAAAGUGCAUCUCAAACUGGAGAGGGGGAACCUCAUGGGAGGCUGGAAGUACUCCACGUUCUCGGGCUUUUUGGUUUUUCCUCUAUAAACACAGAGCCCCCAGACGGUGGGACAAGUUGUGAUCUGGACCCAGGAAUCUGCCCUUCCUCAACUCCCUGAACUUGCCAGAAUAGGACCACUUAUUCCCCACCUCCGUCAGAUGGUUGAGGUAGAAGAAUGAUUUCCUUCUAAAUCUCCAGUAUUUUCUUUGAAUAUUGACCAUUCCUCGGGAACCUGGCUUCUAAUUAGUUUUAGACGACAAGGUCUGAAGGAGAAAGGAAAUUAUCGAUUUGAGCAAUUUGUACCUGUGAUUGUAAAGUCAAUAUUGGAUCUUAUUGUGGGGACCAUUGACUUUUCAUCUUUUGUUUGUCCGUUGUAUUGUUGCCCCCACACGAGGAGUGCCGCUGACCCCAGGACGGAUGGCAGGUCACAGGCAGGGCUCAGAGCAGGAGCCCUGCAAAUCACCACCCGCCGGAUAGUCCUUGAAAUGUGUUCUUUGUGUGUCUGUUCAGCCUUAAGAAAAAGAAUGGCUUUACUUUCAUUCUGUAUUUUCCCCCAGGGUGGACGGGAGGCCUCGGGAGGGGGAAGGGGACAUUGUGAAUCUGUCAAGAAGUGCUUUAUCCGGAGAAGCAAAUUUUGCACGAUUGGACCUCGACUUUUGCUUUGUAU